AUGCAAGAUGGUUGCAGAGUGACUGCAGCCGCAAGCCACAUCAAGGUACUUGGCAGCCGCAUGUGCAAAGCCUUUGCAUUGGUUCGCCCAGAGGGUUCGGUGGUCACCUGGGGAGCUGCAGGUGCACUUUGUCGUGGAGAGAUGCGGAAUGUACAGGAAAUCGCUGCUUCAGUUGCUGCCUUUGCCGCCGUGCAAGAAGAUGGCCAGGUGGUCUGUUCGGGUGAGCCAUGGGCUGGAAGCGACUGCUCUUCCGUUGGCGGGCAGCUACGGCAAAUCAAGACUGUGAGAGCAUCCAGCACUGCAUUUGCUGCUCUUACCGAACUCGGCACCGUCGUAACUUGGGGUUCGAAGAGUUCCGGGGGUGACAGCCAGGCUGUCACCGAGCAACUUACAGGUGUGGUGGACAUUGUGUCGUCCUGGUCAGCCUUCGCUGCCAUAAGAGAGGAUGGCUCCUUGGUGACCUGGGGGGAUGUCUAUCGUGGCGGGGAUAGCCGGCCGGUGCAGAAGGAGCUUCGAAACGUGUGCCAUGUGGCAGCCACCUUGAUGUCCUUCGCUGCACUUCGCAAAGAUGGGUCUGUAGUGACAUGGGGCGAGGAGUGGUCUGGAGGAGACAACACGGCGGUCACAGACGCGCUCCAGGGCGUGCAGACGCUCGUCGCAUCUUCCAGGGCGUUUGCUGCUAUCACGGAGUACGGACGAGUUGUUACCUGGGGAGAUGUGGACAGUGGCGGAUGCUGCAACUCCGCCCAGCCGCAGCUGUUCAGCAUCUGUCAAGUUUGUGCAACGGACAGGGCAUUCGCUGCCUUGCGUACAGACGGUCGCGUGAUUUCCUGGGGGAAUGCUGAGUCAGGUGGCUGCUGUGAUCAGGUUCAAUCGCAGCUGAACAACAUCCGGCAGCUUGCGGGUUCCAGCUGUGCUUUUGCCGCAUUGCGCUCAGACGGAACAGUUGUUGCCUGGGGUGAUCCGCGUUGUGGCGGCGACAGCAGCGAGGUAGAGCCGCAUCUUGUGGAUGUGGUGCAGAUAUAUGCUUCCUUGUGCGCCUUUUCUGCUCUACUAGCGACUGGAGAUGUGAUCACCUGGGGGCAGCUUUACCAUGGUGGUGGUGACUCUGCGAGUGAAUAUCGCUGGCAGCGGCUCACAGAUGUACAUAGUCUUCAGGUUGUCCCUGAUCUGCUUAGACAUUAA